GUGUGUGUGUGUGUGUGUGUGUGUGUGUGUGUGAGGGGUGGGGGUGUCUUCCGUCUGCUGACUUGAGGGUCUCAAGUCUUUCUCAUUCCUGAUGUUUUCCACCUAACAAGCACGACUUGAACCCUCUGCAGAUUCCGACCUUGGAUUCAAACCAUGGAAGCUUCUUGAGUUCUUUUGGACUGAAGCCGGUAUUUAGGACCAGGAUCUGGACCAGGAUGUUCUGCAGCUUUUAUUCGCCCUGGCUCUUGCUGGCUCUGUGGAGUCUGAGUCGGCCCAGCUGGCAGAUCACGUGGCCCGACAGCAAGACCAAGAGCCAGCUGGACCCCAACGUGAAGGACUGGGGAGACUAUUCGGACCUUCCAACCAGAACGGAGCUGGGACCUGGCUUGGAGGAGGACAGACAACGAGGAGACAAGACCGGAGACUCGGGUCUUGCGUCUGAGUUGGAUUUUCUCUCUGAUUUCGCAGGUAAAAAGCGUCUGUGGGUGAUCACGGCGCCCUCGCACCAGGACCACUACCUGCGCAUGAUGGAGAAGCAGCUGGAGGACAUGGACCAGAAGUCUCUGAACUGCCGCCUGGCAGAGCGAGACACGCUGCUGGUCACCAUCGUGCAGAACGCCAUGAUGGAGGGCAGGAUCCAGAAGAGCAGCGCCCAAGGAGACGCCACGGUGGAGACCCUGGACCCCGACACCGUCACCAGACUGCUGCACUACCUGCAGCUCACCCAGGACCAAGCCUUCAACAUGUUGGUCCUGAAAAAAAACCUUCGAGUCAGCGAGCGCUUCCCCUACCCGGUGCGCGUGGAGGCCAUCUUGGAAGUCAUCGACCAGCUGCCCGCCAGGAAGCUGGAGAAGAUCACCAGGAAGAGAUCCAAGAUAAGCUGCGGAGGCGGCCUGAGGAAGAAGGUUCGGGUGACGAGGAGGAGGAUGAAGAAGAGGAUCACGCCCAGGCCGAGUCAGGCCAGCUCAAUGGUCGCCUCGCAGAGGAGGAAAGCCGCCCUGAGGAGCAAGAUCCAGGACAUCCUCAGCGGGAGGUCCAGGUUCGUCAUCCGUAAGGCGCCCGGCACAGGCAAACAGGAAGUGGCGAGGGAGAGGGCGCACGUGUCGGCGGGAAAACGUGAAGAGAAGAACCAAAGGCCUGACACGUCUUCAGCUGAAGGCUCUAACAAGUGGGUGGAGGAGGAGGUGAGAGAAGAAGAGAACAACAACAACAACAACAAGGAAGAGAGAAACAACAAGGAGGAAGAGAAGAAGAAGGGCAAAGGGAAGAAGGGAAAGAAAGGGAAGAAAAGAAAAGGAAAGAAGUCCAAACAGGAAGUGAGUGAGAAGGACAAAACUGCCUUGAAGGACUUUUUGGAGACUUUCAAGGGCAAACGAAGGUUAAUGCUGAUAUCGACGCCCACCACAGACACCAGCUUGUACGUGCAGCAGCGUGCUGAGAACCAGCAGCAUCACUGCCAGCUGGCGCUCAGGCAGGUUACCGUGGCGACCAUGGUGGGCGACGGCGUGCUGACGCUGCAGCAGCACCAACUUGACUCCGAGCCGCCGUUCAGCGAGGUGGCGAGCGAGCGCUGGUCGGAUCCGCGUCUGAUCUCGCUCCUGAGGGCGGAGCUUGGCUUGUCUUCGUCCGACCUGUUCUCCAUGACCAUCACCGACUACGACAUCAAGCCCAACAGAGUGUUUGAAGCCCCGCCUUCCAGCCUCGCCAUGUUCCAACACAUCGACCACUUCCCGUCCAGGCGCCCUGAAGAAGAACGAGAGCGCAAAGAUCCUCCGUCAUGCGGGAAGGACGAGCAGCGAGCUGAGGAAGAGAACAUCCUGCUCAGGUUCAUGUCCAGGAGGAGACUGCUGCUGGUGUCCGCUCCGGCCGAGGACGACUACUCUUUCCAACAGCAGCUGUCUGCGCUUCACGGACAAGAAUGUCACCUGGGUGUCCGCCACUUCGCCCUGUUGAAGCUGACGGGGGCGGCGGACAAAGCGUCGGGCACGGUGGAGCUCUUUCCCCUCAACGGUCGCAGCCAGAGCCAGGUGGAGCCGCUGGGCCGCCAGGCCGUCAACAACCUGCGGGAGCAGCUGAAGAUCAGCAGGGACUACUUCAGCAUGCUGGUGGUGGGCAAGGACGGAGACGUCAAGGCCUGGUUCCCCUCGCCCAUGUGGACCUUGGACAGCGUCUAUGACCUGGUGGACUCCACCGAGUCACGCCUGCGCGAGGAGACGAUGCAGAGGCGGCUCGGGAUUCACUGCUCCGAGGAGCGUUACCACGGAUACGACGAGGAUGGAGCCUACCAGCAGUCGUAAUGGAUGAGUGACACUUCAGUCAAGAUGGGGACUGAAUCCGCUACUUUUGUAAUUCAAACGUUUUCGGUACCCCUUUCAAAAUGAUGAUUUGCAAGAAAUAUGCUACUGAUUAGCAUUAGCAAUUUUACACGGCAAUUUCAACACCUCCAAAUAAAAACUACAAAAGCA